AUGAGACUCCUGGCUUUCGCAUGCCUCGCAGCCAGCGCGCUUGCUGCAGCGCGCACUUCGCCGCCAUCGGGCUGCCUCGUUGUUAGCAAGGAGGGCGGUUCUGGUACAUACGCGACAGUCCAGGCGGCCGUGAACGCCCUGUCUACAUCGGCCACGGCGGCGCAGUGCAUCUUCAUUCGACCGGGAACGUAUAUGGAACAAGUGCUGGUGACGGCACGGAAGGCGCGGCUGAGCAUCUACGGAUAUACGGAGGAUGACACCUCGUACGGGUCGAACAAGGUGAAGUUAAUCCACAGCGCCAGUCAGGCGAGCACGGGCGGCAACAACGACGGGACUGCGACGCUCCGGGUGAAGGCCGCCGGCUUCCGGCUCUACAACGUAGACGUCGAGAAUAGCUACGGCAAGGGCAGCCAGGCUGUGGCGGUGAGCGCGUAUGCGGACAGCGGGUAUUAUGGAUGUGCCAUGAAAGGGUUCCAGGACACGCUACUCAGCAACGAGGGAAAGCAGCUGUACUCCAAGAGCCUGAUUCAGGGCGCAACAGACUUUGUGUUCGGGCAGAGGGCUAGGUCUUGGUUUGAGAAGUGCGACAUCAGGGUCGUGGAGAACUCGAUCGGAUAUAUUACUGCGAAUGGCAGAGACUCUGAUUCCAAUGUCUCCUUCUAUGUCUUCAACAACUCGAGCAUUGCUGCGGCAUCGGGACACAAGGUCGCCAAUGGGGCAUAUUAUCUCGGACGGCCAUGGAGAGAUCAUGCACGAGUUGUGUUCCAACACACGAGCAUGUCCUCCGUAAUCAACAGCGCGGGGUGGAAGGAAUGGAGCAGCUCUAGUCCCCAGACAUGUUGCGUCCUGUACGGCGAGUACGGCAACACCGGAGCUGGCGCCGCAGGAACACGGGCGAGUUUCUCAAAGAAGCUGAGCGCGCCAGUGCAGAUUACUGAGAUUCUUGGAAACGAUUUUGAAACGGCGGGUUUCUUUGAUGCCACAUAUAUCUAG